UUGGGGCUGGCUCUGAAAGCGGCCCCGCCAGGCGCGCUUACACACAGGGCAGGUGAAUGCAAACGCUGCCCGGGGCGGCAGCUUCCCGGGGGUGGGGCUGCUCCGGCACAGGUGGCAGGGCUGAGCCUGGGGCUCUGCGGAGCCCGGCGAGCCCUGCUGCAAACCCAAGCCCAAAGCAGGCUGCCUUCACCCAGGCAUCGAGGUCAGCUCCCCGAAAAUCAGGCCGUUGUCCCCCCGCCACCACCAUCACCACGCAAGGCUGUCCGUGGCGAGCAUGGACUGUCCGGGGAAGGAAGGCACCGGGGGAAGGAAGAGGAAUUUGACCCUGCUAAGGAACAAGCUCUAUAUGGGGCAGAGGAGGAGGACGGAGCCCGUGGUGGAGAGCACCACCGCCGCCGGGGACCACGGCAACUUGAGGAGGAGUCAGUCCGACAGGACAGAGUACGGCCAGAAAUUGCAAGAAAAAAUGGCUCCACAGGAGGUGUCCUCAACCCCUGCCACCCCACCACAGGAGGGUGAAGAAGAAGUCAGCAGGCGCAUGAUGGCCAGGAGGGUGAAAAUCAUUGCGGAACUCAUCCAGACAGAGAAGGACUAUAUCAGCGACCUGGAUCUCUGCAUCAAGGAAGUGAUUCAGCCCUUGAGAAACAAGCAGAUUGCUCGCUUUGACGUGGAUGGCUUGUUUAGCAACAUUGAAUUGGUCCAUCAACUAUCAGCCAAACUGCUGUCACUGUUGGAAGAAGCCACAACAGAUGUGGAACCAUCCAUGCAAAUAAUCGGGGAAGUGUUCUUGCAGAUUAAAGGCCCACUAGAAGACACAUAUAAAAUCUAUUGCUAUCACCAUGAUGAUGCACACACCAUGCUGGAAUACUAUGAAAAGGAUGAAGAACUGAAGCAGCAUUUAAGAGACUGUGUACAGUCCUUAAAAAAGAGAUACGAAGAAGAAGGAAAGCCAAAUUUAAUGGACCUGGGAUCCCUGUUGAUCAAACCAGUGCAACGGCUGAUGAAAUAUCCCUUGUUACUCCAGGAGCUCUUGAACUCAACUCCUAUUUCUCACCCUGACCACGAGGUGCUACAAGAUGCCCUUUUUGCUAUGAAAAACAUUAAUGUGAACAUCAAUGAACUUAAAAGGAGGAAAGAUUUAGUGCUGAAGUAUAGGAAGAAUGAUGAUGAUGAAACCCUUAAAGAAAAGUUUUCCCGACUGAAUAUUCACUCCAUUAGCAAGAAAUCCAAGAGGGUCACCAGCCAUCUGAAAAUACUGACGAGGGGAGAACCUCAGGUGAAAGAUCAAACUUUUAAUAAGGAAGAAAAGUUGUUUCAAAGUCUAGAGAAGACUGUGAAAUUGUGUGUGAAAAACAUUUCGCUCUGUUUGCAACAUCUCCAGGAUUCUUUACAUCUGGCUGCCCAAAAUAUAAUUGGGUUUCAGGAAAUCCUGCAAGAUAAAGAUGACAAAGUCAAUGACUGUUCAGAAGAACAGACCAACACUGCAAAUCUGUGUGAAGACUUUAUGGCUCAGCUGGACAAGCUUGUCUUGACUCCCCUCUCAGCACUGCAAGCCCUGUUUCCAGGCCCUCAGAAGCUCAUCCAGAAGCGCUACGACAAGUUGUUGGAUUACAACAGCUGCCUUCAGAGGUCAGCUGGAGAAGAGCUGGACCUGGCAAAGAAAGAAUAUGAGGCUCUAAAUGCACAGCUGGUGGAAGAACUUCAGGUAUUCAACAGAGCAGCGAAAAUGAUUGUGUUGAACUGUCUACAUUGCUUCAUCACCCUCCUCAGGAAUAUUAUGUUUGCGGCACUUCAAUCAAACUCUGCUGUUGUGGUGCCUAUUCCACUGUCCUCCUCAAGCAUCUGUGAAGUGCAAAAUCAAUUGAUAGAGGAGGUUCACAAGCUGAAUUUUGUAAAAGAAAACAGCAGUGUAACCUUUAUUGAGAGAAAAUUGAGCUUGGAAAAAAAGAAACCUGUUCCUUCUCCGCUGGAGUCCCCACGCCAAACAGAGGACCACAGGUCCAAACUGUUGUCCACGUACAGCACCGAGUCGCUGUACCAGGCUAAGCGCAAGUGCAAUGCCGCGCAGGAAUUAGAUAUUGACUUGCAUGAGGGAGAGCUGGUGGCUGUUGUGGAGCAAAAGGACCCCUUUGGAAGCACAAGCAGAUGGCUUGUUGACACAGGAAUCCUCACAGGGUACGUGUAUUCCUCCUUCCUGAGGCCUUACAAUCCAGCCAAAGCGCAGAAGGAUGUAGCAGAAAAUGGCUUUGGUGAUGAUGAUUUUGAUGACAUCAGCCUCUUCAUCUCUUCACGGCCCCCUACUGACAGCAGCUUACCUUUUCACUUCUGUGAAAAUCCUGCAAUUAAUGGCUCAGGGACCAGUGCUCUUCAGGGUAUGGAUGAUCAGCAUAUCUUCUAUGCUGUUUAUGCAUUUCAAGCUAGAAGUGAUCAAGAACUCAGCCUUCAGGAGUACCAGAGGGUGAGGAUACUUCGCUUUUCCGACCUGAGUGGCAAUAAGGAAUGGUGGUUAGCUGAAGCAAAAGGUCAGAAGGGAUAUGUACCAUCUAAUUAUCUAGGGAAGAUGACAUAUGCUUAGGAGGGGAAGGGCCUGUUGAGCCAGACUCUCUGAAGCAGACAGAAUAAUCAUCUGUUAGGUUUGCUGCAAGCAAAGCAAGCUCACAAGUGAUUGACAGAAACCAUGGUAUGCAGCGCACAGAUGAUACUGAGAAACUCCAUUUUCCAAAAGCCAUCACCUUGUCAAGACCUGAGGGAGGAAACAUUUAACAGGAAGAGUGAUUCUGAUUAACAUGCUGAAGAGCUUGCUUUUCUAUUACUCCAUAAUUUUCUCUUUUGUCAAAGUGUCGUACAUCAAGAUUCAACCUACAAGUACAAAUCACAGAUGAAAUUACAUUUUUCUUCCAUGAUAUUUAGCAAAUAAUAUUCAAGAUGAAGAGAAUUAGCCUUGAAAAAGGACAAAUUCAGUCAUCAGGGAUACUGUAGGCUGAGUUGUUCCAGAACUGUUAUCUCAGUGAACACAGACACAUCUUAAAACUUGAGCUUUUUUGAUUGUCUGUUUUUAUCCUCAGCUGCUUUUGAGAAGAACCCUUUUUCUCAAUGGGGAUUAUUGGAUUGGGAAAAGAAAAAGGGCUUAAAUUUUAAGGAAACUUUUCAACUUAAAACAUACCAGGUGUGGUGGUACCAGUGACUAGUCCCAGGGAAGAAGGUAUGUUUAGAUAAAAUGGAAAUGCAGGAAGGAAAAGAGGGGACACUAGAAACAGGUACUGUGACAUAAAGAAGUAAUAAUUUUCAAUUAAUUACACAACUGCUUCAUAUGGUAGAAACAGUUUGUAGCAAUAUGGAAGUGCCCCAGGUUUGAAAUCCACAUGUCUCCACACUAACUGCUUUAGUGCAAGAUAUGUGUAGUGAAAUGAAAUUAGUCUUGGGAAAUUUAUUGUUUAAAAAAAAAAAGGAAAAAAAAAAGUCAAGUGGUGCCUCUAAAUGAAUAUUUAAUGCCUCUCUGAUUCCUUAAGUCAGAUGCAGAGAUCAUAAUAUCUAGGGAAUAAGUGUCUUUAAGUUCACUGACUGCAGUGAUUCCUAGGUCAGGCUGAUGCCCUGCACUUAAAAUAGACUGAAUGGUGACAGCAAACAGAAAACACCUCCUUCUGAUUCUCACUGAUACCCAAGUGCUCAUCACAAGGUAUUUCACCACAUCAAUGCCAAGGUCCCCUAGUGAUUAGUGAAGACCUGGUGCAAAAAGGAAACAAAAAAGUGAUUAUGCCUUCUGCAAAUAGUGUCAGUGAAAGUAAACUCUCAUCAGGUAUUUUCUGUGUUGCAUAAUUGCUUGUACUGAUGAUAAAAAUGACAACACUGUCAAAAGCAAGGGCAGGGGGGGCAGGUAGUGUUGCUGAUCAAGGGUAUACAAAUACUGUUCUAAAGCUUUUGUCUGAGUUGCUGCUUCCCAUAGUUUGAAGAGUCAGCAAAGAAAGGAUUAGAAAAGUUAGGGCCAUUGCUACACACAAUAGUUUCCACUAUGCUAAAGAACCUGGUUUGAUUUUCUUUAAUGUCCUAAAUUUUCAGGUUAUUUUCAUAAAAGGGUAGAAAAAUUUGCCAGUCUUGCUCAGAGACUGAAUGCAGGGGAUCACAGAGAUUAAACCUGAAAUUUGUGCUGGAUUAAAUCAGAUGAUAGAGAAACUUUUAGAGUUCUUGGAGAUGGAUAUCCAGAAUCUGGUGUGGGAAUCUCUGUGAACUACUGCCAUCCAGUGAGCAUUAUUCUGCCUUAUUGUACAUCACCUCAGGCACUUAAAUCUUGCUGUCCCCAUAGCAAGCAAAAAGGAUUCUCAACCAUUUUAUGAAUGGAUUUAGCUGCUUUUAUGGAAAGCUUCACCUUUAGUUAAAUGUAAUGUGCAGAGGCAGUAUCAGCUUGGAAGAAUGGACUGAAAGACUCACCCCCACCCUUUUAGUGCUUUGGCUUUUAUAUUUUGAGAUUAUGGGGAAGAUAUACACAAGAAGGUUUUCAGCUCUGUCUUACAAUUUAGAAUAUUUUAUUUGGAGAUGAUCUGUACUUUGCAAUAGUUGAAACAGUUUUAGAAAUUACUGAAUUGUACUUCAUAAGCUUAAUGCAGUCAUGUAAGCACAAUGAUGAAGUUUUGUAUUUCAGACAGCGAAAUUAAUCAAGGGAAAGAGUCAGAAAAAAAAAAGAUUUCUGAAAUCUUAGCACUGAGAACUCAGCUUGAGUCACAGGGAGAGCUCCGAUUUUGAGUGUUAGGUACAUUUCCCAUGAAAAAUCAGACUCUGUGAAGGUGUCUCAAAGCGUACUCAAAUGCUGCUCUCCAAAAUAUUUGCUAGAUAUCCUGAUCCUGAAGUAACAAGGAAUGAAGGAUGAAUAUACUGGAGUAGACCACCUAAAUUUCCUUGAAUUUCUGGGGCAACCAAGGAACUCCUAGUAGGCCAAAUGGAAUUCCAGUGUAGGAUUAGGAUCCGUAAUAAUUUUUACACUGUGGGAGAAUUAUAUGACUUUAUUAUAGCCUCAUAACUUGAGAUCCACUAAAAGUACAUAAUUAGAAACCCAGGUGGAUUGGCUUACUCCAUUUCAGAAAUUGAAUUGUUAGCCAUUAUCAUUUGUAUGAAUACAUCACAAACUUUUAUUUUUGUUUAGAUGAAGGCAAACAGCAAAUGCAGAAAAUGAAGAGAUGCUCCGUGAAUCCAAAGCCUUCCAAAUUAAAGAGAUUUACAAUAAUUCAUAUUAGACUUGCUCAGUUAUAUUUUUGUUAAGAUAGUGCUUAACAUACUAGAAACUGAGCUGUGUUAGGGCUCCAGAAAUUCCUAAGAAUAUGCAAUGGUUUUGCCACUGGAUUUUUUCAAUGUGGGGAAGGUUACAGUAUUCUAAGAGCUUUCUUAUUCUCAUUAAUGACAAAUUUAUUUUGAUUGAAGCAGGGACAGGCUGCAGUCUACUGGAUUGAUCUUCCAUUUGUUCAAAUGUGUGUUUUACUUGAGCUGUUGUCACAAUAAAUAUGUACAACUACUUCUAAGAUUGGGUCCACUCAAACUGAAGUGUUUCUCCAGGGAGUAUUUUUACCUGUUGCCAUUGGUCACCUGGAACCCCAGGAAAUGCCCAAGCCAGCACACAGCAGAGUCCUAGGCUCUGACCUCUGGCACCUCUGUGCUUCACCAUCUUCCCUUUGGCUGGAUGGUGCACGUGAUCUUCAAGCAGGGGUUCAGCUUUCCAAUGCAAACACAGAUUGAAGAAUUAUUCCUUCUGAAUUUUCAUCUUUGGAAGCUUCACUGAGUAAUUACCUCCCUCAAACACUAAAGUAUACUUCUGCUGUCAUUUUAAGAGUUUUUUAAAAUGAAGAUACAUGAAGUGGACCUACCACCUGCACUAGGAAACACAGCCAUGAUAAUCCUUGUUCCCACAGAUCUGUUACUGUUAAUUCCUAUUAUAAUAUUGUUUGUUGAGAAAUAGUAAAAAAAAAAUCUUUUAAAUUAUUGUAAUAAUAAAAAUCUAUUUUUGUAAAGAUGUUUCUUCUUAUUUAUUUUUUAAAACACGAUGUUUUUCAGAAGCAAAGAGCUUUAUAUGUGAUCCAAGAUUUGCUUGCAAAGUUAGCAGAGGAAAUAUUUCCCUCAGAUAAAAUGAUGCAUUUCUAGGAUGCAUCCUAGCUAAUUGAUCAAUAUAUUAGAACUUUUCAAGCACUAUCAAAAAUACUAAGCAGGUUUAAAAAUACACUUCAAGGUUCCAAAUGUCAGCAUAGCUCUGUUCUUUUCCAGCUGCUCCAGAGAUUGUGACUACUAUGAGCUGUAGUUGAUAAAAGUUUGUAAAGCAGAGCCUUGUGUUAGAUCUUUCUUUUUAGACACAGGUGUCACCAGCAUCCCCUAGUCCAGCCAGAGGGAGCACUCCUAGAACCAGAGUAACCUAUCAUUUCACAUUAUUGACAAUAUCAGAAGUUGGGCUUCUAUGAAAAAACCAUCAUACUUAAGUGGAAGUAAAAUACUACCACACCAAUUUCUAAAACAUUUCAGAAAAGUCAGGUAGCUAUUUUUAUAGUAGAAUACAGAGCAAUUUGGUUUGGGGAUAGAAAAAUCACAGGACUAUUUUCGUUAUUUUUACUAAUAGGAAGCAUGCUUCUCAAAUUUCGGACAGGCAUUCCUUCUUCCUGCCUUACACUACAUUCCUCGAUCUGACACACAACUUCAGUCAAACAAGCCUGUAGAACAGACUCCUUUCCUGAAAAUACAGUUGUUAAUUCCAUUCUAACUAUAACAUCAAAGUAGAAAGCAACUGUUCCCUUCAGUCGUCUCCAUUUUUCAGCACAGCCUAUCUAACAUAUUCAAGCUAAACACUUGAUUUAAAAGACCUGGUCUGCGCUAUAAAUCCUUUCUGAUAUAAUACUUCAAAGAAUCACAAUCCUAACUGACAUUUUUAUACCAACAGAAGACUUUGUAUUUCAUUUAGGAGGCUGGGAAUGUUGCAGUGGAAGUCUCUUGCUGAUGCAAACUGUACCUGUAUUGCCGACUUUGCUAAUGCACUGCUAUCAAUAAAUGCAGUCAGACUUGGCCUUAUUAGAGGGAAAAGCACAGUAUCACUUAUCUCAUUCUGAAGGGAGGGACCCCACAGUCAACCCAUGCCAGAAUUAUAGAUUCUGUGUGCCAAGACAUUAGGGCACACUUGAAUCAGGACUCAGGAGUAUUCUACAUGGCACUGGCUACCACAAUUUGAAAACAAGGAUCAUUCUUUUUCUGCCUGUGUUCACCCCCCGGUGGUACCUUAAGUAAUCAGCACAGUUGAGAUGUAAGGUCCUGCACUCUCACAAGCAAAGCUUUAUGUAUGUUCAGAGACAAGACAGAGACAGCUAGCACAUUGAACCAUCCUCUGGGAGCAGGUUUUACUACUGGAAUGAACAUUUCACAUAGGAACAUCAGCCAUUUAAAGGAUCUGUCUUCACACUACUUCUUAGUGUAGGCAACAGUCUUCUGAUUAACACUUAGGAAAAAAAGAAAAAGACUUCUGUUUGCUAAUGGAAGCUGUGACAGUGUCUUUCCUACUAUGCUAGCAUUAAAAACCCUCUGUGCUGGAAAGGAAGAAGGAUGGGCUGAUUAAAAAGCAGUAAAAGUUCUGGACUCCUCCUCCUCAUGCUGUUAUUUUUACAUAGCCCUGGAAGCUGCAGGUACUACAAAGAUAAAACCUUGCACUUUUUUCCCGCCACAGGAAAUAAUAGCUAAAAAAAUAUGCAGAUUUUCCAGGCAGCUGAGGCAAUCUUGAGUAAAUGAAACUACUCCUUUGGCUGUUUAAGGAACUUUAGCCUAAAUCUUAAUUGUGGAGAAAGGAAAUGAGGUAUGGGAAAUAGCUGCUAUGUAUCAAGCUUUACACACAUUUAAAAUACAGGAUAAUAAUACAAAGAAAAACAGUAGCUUUCACCUACUUAUGCCAGUCUGUGUGGUGGGUUUAUCAUGGACAAAUGUCAGAUGCCCACCCCAGCUGCUCUGUCACUCACUCCCCUCCUCAGCUGGGUGGGGAGGAUAGAAAACAAGAUGGAAAGGUCAUGGGUCAAACAAGGGAAGUGAGAGACCAAUCACCAAUUAUCAUGGACAAGACUCGGCCUCGGGAAGAUUAAUGUGACUUACUACCCAUCAAAUCAGAGUAUGAUGAGAAAAUAAAACUGGCCAUGCAAACCCAAUACAGUCCCAAGAUGUUUUCAUAUUUAGAGAUGCUCCCCUCAUCACAGAAGGAAUGGAGGGAAAUUGCCAUGUGCUGGUCACAGAAAGCAAGACUCAAGGUCAUUUUCCAGUGCCCACCUGGAGCCAGUUCUCAGCUGAACACAACCUGGAGCAGCUGGGAUGAAGAGAGGGAGCACAAACAGCUCAGGGGUAAGAGUGGAGAGCUGGAGUAACCUGAUACUUCUCAAAUACAGGAUGGUUCCCUACAUUUUAGGAAAACUUGAAGACAGUUUUGACUCUAUUCUCUCUUUUCAGUUAAGUUUCUCACAGUAUAAAACCAAAAUAGGCCUAUUCAGCAAACAGCCAAACCAAAAAUCUCAAUUUAAAUACACUGUUGUUGAACA